UGGAGAAAGUUGUCAACGAAACAUGGCGAUAUGUUAAAGAGGAGGCAUGGCUUUUAAUUCAUCGAUACUAAUAAAUGUUUGGAACGCUAAUAUAAUAGUAACCUCUUGCGACUGAAGCGAUAUUCAAAAUAGCACCUCAUAUCUUCGAUAUUUCAACCACAGUUAUCUCUCGAAGCUACGGUUGUCGGCGCGCGCAAGGGUCGAGCUGAUACCGCAUGUGCCUUGUCGGCAGGAAGAAGAAUGCGGGGCUCGUCAUCGUUGACAUCUUUUAAAAAAUGACUAGUCUCCAAUUCCUGAAAGAUGGAUGUUGAGGUGAUUCAAGGGUUCCUUGCUCAGGGGGACCAAUCUGCACAUGCCAGGGCUCUCCAGUAUUUUGAGCAGCUCAAGAACUCUCCUAAUGGCUGGCAGCUGUCCAUGCAGAUGUUGCUGCAGCCAUCAGUCCAGGAUGACUCUGUCAAGUUCUUCUGUCUCAGCGUCCUAGAGCACUACAUAAAAACAGGGUAUGAAAUUGCAAAGGAGAAUGAUCAGCAGGCCAUGCGGUCCUUUAUCAGCCAAUGGAUACAGCUCCAGGUAUACUCCCCCACUGCGGAGAAGGUGUUCAUCCGCAACAAGGUGGCGCAGCUGGUCUGCUGGGUGUUCCUACUGGACUACCCGUCCCGGUGGCCGGACUUCUUUCUUGACCUGCUCAACACCCUCUCCCUUGGUGGGCCUGCCAUAGACAUGUACCUUCGCAUCCUGCUGGCCAUCAACGGGGACAUUGCCGACAGGGACAUUCCGCACACCGCCAAGGAGGCCGAUCGCAACAGGGUGCUCAAGGACACAAUACGGGAGAGGCACAUCGUCGACCUCGUCAACUCCUGGUACACCAUCCUGACCUGCCAGGGCCAGGACCUGAGCCGGCUGUGCCUGGAGGUGCUGGGGGCGUACGUGGCCUGGAUCGACAUCGGCCUGGUGGCCAACGACCGCUUCGUGGACGCCCUCGUGCACUUCCUGUCGCUGCCCGCCCAGCGUGAGGCCGCCUGCGACUGCGUCUUCGAGAUUGUCAGCAAGGGCAUGGAUCCCGCGGACAAGGCCCGCCUCGUCGAGUCCCUCUCGGCCGUGCUGCAGAGGGCCGGUGUGCUCGGCGUCUCGGAGGCUGAAGACGUAGACUUCCUCAUCAAGCUCGCUAAGCUGGUCAAUGGAAUUGGGGUCCAGCUUCUUAGCUGCAUCAUAAAGCUGUCGAAGAAGGGCGAUGCAGGCAGCCGGGAGCUGGCCAAGGCGGAGCUGUGCUCCAAGAUCCCCCUGAUGCUGCACUUUCUGGGCAACGAGGACGACGACGUGUCGCAGGGGGUGGUCGAGUUUGCACGCGAGUACAUCCAGUACCUCAAGCAUGAACCCCAGGCCUACGGGCAGCAGGACAAGGCGAACAUGGAGGCCGUACUGUACAUAAUAAUUAACAAAUACAAAUAUGAUGACUCCUAUUUAUUUGAAUCCCAGGGUGAAGAUGAAGCGCUGUUUAUAGAAUAUAGGAAAACGCUGAAGGUGCUGUUCGACAAUGUGGCUCAGCUGGACAAGGAACUGACACUGGCGCUAGUGCAGGGCAUGGUCAGCACAACACUCCAAAACUGGAGGGGUCUCCCCUUCCAAGACAUUGAGGUGGCCAUCUCCUUCUUGUACCUCCUCGGUGAAGCCGUACCUGGUUUCCACUGCAAUCAGUUCGCAGGAGGCUCCGACAUGGUGUCUCCGAUGUGUGUCCUGAUGAGGCUGCUCAUUUCGUCCGGCGUGAGCACAUAUGGCCAUUCCGCAGUGACGCUGCAGUUUUUCGAGACGGUGGUGCGUUACGAAAAAUUCUUCAACCAGGAGCCUCAGAUGAUUCCAGAUGUUCUCGUGGCAUUCAUGGACGAGCGUGGCUUGCGGCACCAGAGCCCAAGAGUGCGGAGCCGAGUGUCCUACCUCUUUUCCAAAUUCAUCAAGUGCCUCAAGGCACACAUGCUGAACUUUACGGAGGACAUCUUGAAGAGGCUGCAGGACCUGCUGGUGCUGUGUCCCACUGAGAACGGUGUCACCCAGGCCUCCCUGCUGUCUCCUGACGACCAGCUCUACCUCUUCGAGGCCACGGCCGUGCUCAUUGUCUCGGGCCAGUUCUCUGGCGAGAAGAAACAAGUGCUCCUGAAAAGUCUGCUGACGCCAGUCAUGAGGAAAUUUGAGUCCCUCGCACAGAGGAUGCCUCUGGAGCCCAUGGAACAGAAGAGGCAUGACAUUGCAGAGUGCAUGAACCAUGCCAUAGCCGUCACCAGUCGGACCAGCAAGGCCUUCUCAAGCCAACAGACGAUGAAGGCCUGCAGCUCCGUUUCUGUCUACCUCGAAGCAUUGCAGGUGUUCCUCCAAGCUCUAGACCUCCCGUACGAGCAGACGCUGCUGCAGGCGGGGGUGCGGCAGUUCCUGCACCGCAUGGUGGUGUGCCUGGAGGAGGAGGUGCUGCCUCUGGUGCCCAGGGCCUUCGAGCAGCUCCUGCGCAACCCCGACGUCAAGAGUGUCCAGGAGCUCAUCCCCCUCAUCAACCAGAUCGUCUCCAAAUUCAAGCUGUCCUGGGUGUUCCAGAAAGAGGUGGUGCCUUUCCUGCAACGGAUGUUCAUGCCGCUGGUGGAGGUGAUCUUCCGGGCCCUGGCGGCCCCCACGGAGCCCGGGGACGAGCAGGCCCUCAGGGACCGCCAGCUCCUGCAGAGGGCCUACUUUCUCUUCGUGGCCGCCAUCAUCACCAACAACGUGGUCGAGGUGGUCGCGUCGCAGGACGCACGAAGCCUGGAGCAGGUGUUUGCCACCAUCAUCCAGGGUGCUGUCGAGUUCCCUGACCCGGUGGCCCAGAAAACCUGCUUCACCAUCCUGAGGAAGAUGGUCGAGUUGUGGGGAGGUGCGGAAGCGGAGCCCCACUUUGUGGACUUUGUGUACAAGUCUGUGGUUCCUGCGUGUUUCCACGCACCGCUCAAGGACAGCUUCGACUUGACCGAUGCCCAGACCAUCUUGGCUCUGUCCGAAAGUGCAAUGUGCAUGAAAACGAUCCUCGCCAAGCGGGGUGAAGAGUUCAUGGAGUACCUGCGGACGCGGUACCUGCCCUCCCUGCUCCGGCUCUCCCCCGAGCAGAUCCAGGACUACUGCAUGCACCUACAGUCGGACCCCAAGGUUUUUAAGGGCUACGUCAAGGCGUUUUUCCAGCGGCUGCGUGGUUCUUGACGGCAGUGAAGCAGGGGUCUCUAUUCACCAAGUGGCAACAGACUCUGUCGUACUGACUGUGUACAGCGAUCAUCACAAGAGAAGGGGCCGACGAUGUAAUUUAGCUAUUACUUGAGUUUUGCUAUAUGCAUGCUUGAUAUGUGCAUGCCCCCCCAACCUAUGGAAUAUUUUGUACAGCUCGUGAUAAUAAAUGAUUGCAUGCGAGAGCUUGCUGCAAGCUCUACUCAAGUCUGGAA